GUUAAAAGCCUACCAGAGGGCUUUAUACUCGUGAGAUCAAUAAAAGACUGGUAUGAACACAUUAAAUGUUUUUCUCCAUCCUCUUUUAUGGCUCAUCAUACCCGUGAUUUCCAUUACUGAUGGGGUUUUGCCUUAAAUGCUUAUCUGCCUGAUACCCACGGGAAAUGUUUGAGAACAUUGAUGAGGAUAUGUGUACACAUUGAAUAUCUCCUCUGAUCAACAGCAGAUAGACACAGGAUCCGAUUGACAGGCAUAGCAAACAUUAAAUUCACAGAGGAGUUAUUGCAUAUCCCAGAAAAAUUCGUCCGUUGGAAUUGCAGGUAAUCAAUGCAGAUUCCACAAUGUCCUUAUUCCAUCAUCAGGAGUGAUGCAAAGCAAGAAUGGGAAUCCAUUUCAAUGCCACUAGAUCUAGCAGGGCUCUAGAAAACAGGUACUACAUACCCAGGUAAAGAAACAGUAAAAAUCAGACUGAUCAGAACAAAAGAAGGUUGUAAAUCUAGACUAAAAUUUCACCAUUAGAAAUGUACAGCCAAGCAGCAUUAAUAAUUUAAAUGCCUCCAAAUUUAGUAGAUCUCUACCAAUCAUAUACUGCAUACCUACAUCACGAACAUAUACCCACAUAAAAAAUGGUCUUUGAUUCUUCGUAGAUUCUUUGGAAACCAAACGUUAUGUUAAAAUAUUAAUGUCUUUACUUAAAUAGUGUCCCCUAUGAUUGUUGGGCUUUUAUUUGAUUCUUUGUAAACUAUUUGUAAACCAAGCAUUUUCACCAUCAUGACAACAACCAGUGAAACACUUCUACAAGUAGAACCUUUUGUACCCUAGGUAGGUGGGAAAAGCAUAAACCCUAGACCCUAAAACCAAACUGUCUCCCUGCCUUUAAGAACCGUAUAGAUUAUAGUACUACUGUUUUCUCUGUCUCCAAAGCCUUAGCCAUGCUUUUCUUUCGAAGGACAAUUAACUUAGAAUGGCCACAUUAAAUACUAGCCCAUACACAAGCCCUUUUAAGCACACCCUUCUAGGUUGUCUGAUCUUGUAUCCGUGAUCUCUGCACUGGAUUUUGAAUGUGUUAACCAAUCCUCAAAAGGAGAGAUGGAACCAGUUUGGAUUGGUUUGUUGGUGUGCUUUUCUCAUCUCUUUCCUGCAUCCCUAGGAUUUACAAUUAUCUUACCAGACUCUCCCAGCAAUCUGAUCAACACCCCACAGACAGGCUACACCAUGAACAUGGACAAGGCCCAUACAGACCCUGAAGAGCAAAGGGCGGUCUAUGAAAUAAUGACUGCCACAGGCAAUGGUUGGGCUAGUAGCAUCCCAGAUGUGUGCAAAGGUAGGUGGCAUGGGAUUGAGUGUAUGCCUGAUCAAUCUAAGGUCCUGCAUGUUGUUUCCCUUUCUUUUGGAGCUCUCUCAGAUGACACUGCAUUCCCAACCUGUGACAACAGUUCUUUCAUCUCACCUGCCAUAAUUCACCUCCCCCAUCUCAAAAGAAUCUUUUUUUACCAAUGCUGCAAAGGCAAUCCCCAGCCCAUACCUAAUUUCAUAGGGUUACUGAAUAAUUCUUUGGAGUCCUUGGUCUUGAGGGAAAAUGGUCAUGUAGGGAACAUCCCUCCAGAGUUAGGCAACCUCGCCAAAUUGCACACUCUUGACCUCCAUGGCAACAACAUCAAUUCUGCCAUCCCCACUGAGCUUGGUGGGCUGAUUCGUCUCCAACUACUGGAUCUCAGCAAAAACAUGCUGGUGGGUCAGAUUCCUACCAGCUUUGAAUCCCUUACCAACAUCAAUAUCCUUGACCUUAAUCACAAUCUUCUCUCUGGACCAAUCUCAGACCAGCUUAGAGGCUUGAAUUCCCUGAGAAAACUGGACCUCAGCAGUAACCAAUUAUCCGGUGCUGUGCCAGCAUUACUUGGGCAUUUGAGGAGCCUUGUUUUGUUGGAUUUAAGCCACAAUUCUCUCUCAGGUAGGCUUCCAGACUCCCUAGGGGACCUCAAGUUGUUGCAGGCAUUGAUUUUGCAGGGAAACUCCAUUGAUGGACCAAUUCCAGAGGCUAUUGGAGGCCUUCAGGAGCUGAUGAUCAUGGUCCUGUCCAAUGCAGGGCUUAAGGGACCUAUCCCUGGGACUCUGGGAAGUUUGACAAAGCUCAGAGUGUUGUAUUUGGAUGGGAAUAGGCUGAAUGGGUCCAUACCCGUAAGUCUGGGGAAGAUGAACCAUCUCAGCGAACUAAAAGUGAACGGAAAUCUGCUUACAGGCCCUGUUCCUUUCGGCAGGGAAUUCAUGUGGAGAUUGGGCAGAAGGUUGAAGCUGGCUGAUAAUCCUGGCUUAUGCUAUCAGCCUAUUGAUGCAGGGGAAGAGAUGGAUUCUUCUUUCCUGUCAGGCAUCAAGUACUGUUCUGAACAUAAGGCAACUGGUCACGUCUCAACUAAAACAGCUCCUCCAAUAGCAUCUCAGAGGCCAGAUAUAUCCCCAGAUUCAGCAAAACAUCCUGAAGUUUCUUUAGCCCAUUUGAAGUCAUCUUCUUGGCCCAUAUUGAUCAACAUCCUAGAACCACUAUUACUUCUCACAAUUCUCCUGCUUCACUGCUAACAAGCCAAUACAAGAAAUGUUAUCGGUGACAUGCUAACCAGCCAAUCAAUCAAAUGGUGGUGUGUUGUAAAUAAUUGAUCCAUGAAAGCUUAAUAGCUAGAGGGGUUGCUUACUGUAAUGGAGUCCCUAAUACCGGCCAUGUAAGGCAUGAGUAAAUAAUCUAUCUGAAGAGUAUAACCCACAGUAUGAAACUUCAUGCCGAGAAUGUAUGUAUUUAUGCUUUGUAUCUUUUGGAAGUGGACUGGGUGUAGAAGCAGUUCUUUCUAAGUAGUAGCCUAUGUCUUAAUUUCAUUCAAAUAAACUGUAUCAAAAUAUCAAUGGAGUCUUGAA